UUCCACUGAAUCAUAUAAUAUGGCUACCAACACCAUUCAUGGCAACACUGAAACUGCUCAACCCAACAUUGCUCCCUCAAAGCAGCCUCUCCCGCCUCCCAAAACCGUUGAUUCUCAAUCUGUCCUCAGAAGACUCCAGUCUGAAUUGAUGGCCUUGAUGAUGAGUGGGGAUUCUGGAAUAUCUGCGUUUCCUGAGGAGGACAACAUAUUCUUUUGGAAAGGAAAAAUAACAGGAAGCAAAGAUACGGUGUUUGAAGGCACAGAGUAUAAGUUAUCCCUCUCCUUUCCCAAUGAUUACCCUUUUAAGCCUCCAAAAGUGAAAUUUGAAACAACCUGCUUCCAUCCCAAUGUGGAUGUGCAUGGCAACAUAUGCUUAGACAUACUUCAGGAUAAAUGGUCUUCUGCUUAUGAUGUCAGAACAAUUCUUCUUUCUAUCCAGAGUCUGCUUGGAGAGCCAAACAUUAGUUCACCACUAAAUCCACAAGCAGCGCAGCUUUGGGGCAAUCAAGAAGAAUACAGGAAGAUGGUGGAGAAGUUGUACAAAUCUCCUAGUGCUUAGUGGGGGUGGGGUUAGCCUUGAAGAUCUUGCUUGAAGU